AUGACCGCGGUGCUGGGCACCGCCAGCGGCCAGCUGCCGAAGAUCCCAGUGGGGGCCUCGCUGUAUCCCGCAUGGACCGUGGAGCAGCGGAAGUUUCCACUUCUGACGGCGGCCGGAGGAGAGAUGACUCCUUCAACUGAGACCGUGGUGGGUAUUCCAUUGGGCCAGCAGGAGCGGCAAGCGCAAGAUGAGGGCUAUUACAUGGACGACCCCUUCCUUUGGUAUGGAGCUGGGUACAUCUGGUAUGGCGGCGACGGCUUGGGCGGCGGUUUCCACGGGCAUCAGUCCGACUACGCCCGGCCAGCUCAGUGCGGCUUGAGCCCAGAAAAGCGCUUCAGCUUCUACGACCACGUGCAUACCACCGGUAUGGACUUGAAGCAGCCCCUGCUUUGCACAGCAGCGCUUACCUUGAGCAAGGACAUGACGCUCCGCGACUAUGCGCAGGGUGCCUACCGGAUGCGUGGCAUAGGCCGGGGGCAGCGCAUCGAGCUGCUGGUGACCCCAGAGGUGCGAGCGCUGAUGAACAAGUCUCUCAGCCAAGUGGAGCAAACCUCGGAGGAGGCGCGGGCAGCGAGCCUGCAGGCGCUUCGCAGGAAGCCUGAGGCCUUCCUGCAAGCGACGCUGGUGGACGCACUGUGCUGGCUGGUGCUGAACGGCCUAAAUGCGGAGGCCCGGAAGCGGCAGCUGCUGCGGCAGCAAGACCUCCACAACAUUUGGCGCUCCGCGGCCUGUCGUUGCCUGGAGAUCGGGACCGAGGACCUGGCGCUUUGGCUUGGCAAGGCGCGCACCAAAAUCGCCUUGGCCGAGCUGGUGGUGUCGCUGGACUUCAGCGUCUCGGACCAGCGGUCCGGCGAAGUGAGGUGUCAUCCAGCGCCUGCGCCGCACUGCGGCGCGGCACGUCAGCAAGGGCGCUCUUGGCCACAGCGUCUGGAACGGCGAGGCAGCGCGUGA